CUGCCAGAUUUGUGUACGCCAAAAUCCGCAACUUCAUCGCACCGACGGAAUCAUUUUGUUAUUUUCGUGAAGUAUCCACAAAUUAUCACCAUGUCGGACAAGGAAAACAAGGAAAAACCCAAGCUAGACCUCGGUCUUCUCGAGGAAGACGACGAAUUUGAGGAGUUUCCUGCUGAAGAUUGGACCGGAAACAAGGAAGACGAGGAAGAAUUAAGCGUGUGGGAAGACAACUGGGACGAUGAUAAUGUUGAAGACGAUUUCAACCAGCAGCUGCGUGCUCAGCUUGAAAAGCACAAGUGAUCGCUUUCAUUUCAUUUCUUGUCAUAACAC